GGCUACACAAAACCGCACGGACACCACUCGUCUCAUCUCUCUCUGUCGCUCUCUCGUAUUCUUGUGGCGUCCCUCGCUCUCGUAAAAACCUAGCCAAUCAAGGAGGAGGAGGAUAACACUGGAAAAAUAAAAAUAAAAAUAGAAGACCUCUCUCUCUCUCCCCUUCUCUAUUUAUCGCUUUGAUUAUCUCUCCGUUUCUCUCUUUUACUCUCUCGUCGCUCCCUUGCUUUGCUUGCGCGUUUAACACACCAAGCAGCCUUCACUCUCAAUUUAAGUGGUGCUCGUUUCUAUUCAAGGUACACUAAAAACAUGUUGCUUUAAUCUUCCACCGAGGAUAGGAUUGAUUGUUGACAUCUUGGGCUGUGGUGAAUGGCGGCUGAUCAACGAAGAAAACGGCUUAAUGGUGCCAGCCUUGCUGGUUGUAGUUCCCGGGACCCGUACAGAAUGAAAAAGAAUAAAUCGAAGAAUGGCUUGAAUGCAAAAUCUCUUAUUUCUCUUGAGUGGGAUGGCAACAGAAAGAAGGUUAUUGCCAAAAAGGAGCAAAUUGGCAUUAGUCAGAGAGAUUUAAUGCCAUUUGUUGAUUCUGUUCUCCACUAUCAUAAUCCUUUGGCAGAUGUUUUUGCUGUUCCUCCAGAGAUUUUUGAGCUGCAGAAUUUAGCAGAGGUCCUUUCCUACGAGACUUGGCAAAAUCAUUUAUCGGAAGAUGAGAGAAACUUUCUUAAGCAGUUUCUACCAACAGGACUAGGCACGGAAGAGGUUGUGGAAGCAUUGCUUGCUGGGGACAACUUUCAUUUUGGAAAUCCGUUGCUUAGAUGGGGUGCUUCACUUUGCUCUGGUAAUCUUCACCCUGAUGUGGUUCUUUGUCAGGAACAGCAUCUAAAGGCUGAUAAAAAGGCAUUCUACUCCAAGUUACAAGAUUAUCACAUUGACAUGAUAACAUAUUUGCAGAAGUUGAAGGACACGUGGGAAAGCAGCAAGGAUCCUGAAAAGGAAAUUUUGCAGAAGAUAUGGAGGAGGUCAAGAAGUGAUGCAGAUAAAAGAAUUUCCCCUUGCGAUAUCGAGUCUGAAUUUCAUGGCACCGGGGAGAAUGAGUCAGCGACAUCUGGAUCCUGCUCCUUGGUUGCAGAGGAGAAAACAUCUAGCAGCGAUACCCAGAACUCUCCUGUAACAAAGAGUGGAGAGGUUCAGAAAAGGAUUUGUGAGAAAGGCUCCAUGAAGGAGAAACUGAGAAAGUCGUUGCUUGCUUCAGAUGAUGCCAGACCUGGAAAAGGAGACAAGCUACACAAGCGCAAUAUCCACCGUAGUGACGGUGCAAAAUAUAUGUCAUACUUAAAGAUAAGCAAGAAGCAGCACCAACUUGUUAAGAUCAUGAAGCAGUCUGGUAAAAGCAUUCAAUCUAAGUCUCUUAACUGUGUGUUAGGUGAUCUUGAUACUUUGCAUGUACAACCAUAUGAAGAAUUCGUGAAAGAGGAACAAAAGAAGUUGCAGGAGCAUUGGAUGCAAUUGGCAAACAAAGAUCUUCCUGUAGCAUAUGCAAUUUGGAGAGAGAGACAGUUUCAGAGACAGGAGAUAACCAAAUCUUUGGAGGAAGAGAUAUUAAAAUAUCCAGUGGAGCAUCUGGAGAAAGAUGGUCAUGAGACUCUGCUUCGGGAUCAGAGCGAUCAAUGUGCAGACCAACAUGACACUAACACGGAGGAUAAGCAGGAACAGGACCAUGAAAUUGUGUUUCAGGAUCAGCAGGAACAGAACCAUGAAAUUGUGGUUCAGGAUCAGCAUGAUCAGAACCAUGAAAUUGUGCUUCAGGAUCAGCAUGAUCAUGGAUCAAGAAACGAAGAAUCCAGCAUUUCUGAUUAGCAGGAACAGAACCAUGAAAUUGCGCUUCAGGAUCAGCAUGAUCAUGGAUCAAGAAACGAAGAAUCCAGCAUUUCUGAUUAUGGAGAUUCUGGUUCAGGCUCCCAGCAGAAUCAGUCCCCACAUCAUCUUUCCUCCCUCUCUGUUAGCCAUGAUCUUAAUCCCAUAGAUAUGAAUAUGGAAAAUAAUCAUGUCCAUUUGAACUCUAAUUCAGAUGAAGCUUCUCCACAUUUAUCUGAGUACUCAGGGACCAUGCACAUCGGAGACGCUUCCAUUGAUCAGGGAGUUCCUUUCUCUUCUGGUGGAGAUGUCUGGUCAGCAGUUAGCAUACCCAACUCAUAUUAUGAUUCCACUGCAAAUCAUGAAUACACAUCUACUGGUAGAUUGUCACUGCCACAUCAAGUUAAUGAAGAACAAUGCUCCCAGUUGAUUGAUUUGGAAUCUGAAGUGCAUGAAGAGGAAACCGGAAAAGAUUUAUUGCACAGACAAUCUGAUGAUGGUUCUUUCAGUUCUUACCCAAACCAUGAUCGUAGUGGGUUGCUUCAAUCUUUGUUCAAAGGUCAGGUAACUUUACCCUACCAUAAUGAACAAAAGCCAACCGGGUUGGAUUUUCAAUCACCAAAUGAUGUUAUAAUGGAAGAUGGUCAGUAUACAGGGCAUAUCCAGGGGCAGCUUCAGUCCUCGCUGUCACUUGAACAGAGACAGAAGAAUCACAUUGAGGAGUACAUGCAACAAAAUAUAUCAGAGGACAUUUAUUCUGAGGGAGGAGGAUUCUUGAUUCCAAGACAAGGACAUGCUCCACUAGUCAAUCUGCAAGAGUGGAAUGUUAAUCCUGUUCGCAUGCCAGCACGGCUCCAAUCCCAUCCAAAUGAUGAUGGUUUGUUAACCCAGAACUGGUUCUCUGGGGAGCAUCAAGUUCGCGGGGACUGGAAUGGUGCAGGUGGUGUUAGUGUCUCAAACCAGAGCAUUGGAAGUAAUGCAGAUCAAAGCCUAUUUAGUGUUCUAUCCCAGUGUAACCAACUGCAUAUGGCAAGGCCCAUUAACCAGUUACAUUCAGGUAGCCCCACCAACCAGCGUCCAAAUGGUACCAUAGAUUCAGUGGGCUCUGCUGAGCAGUUUGUGUUGCCGAGGGCCUAUGGUAUGGUGAGCGGGGUUACCCCCAGGGUCAGUAAUGCUUUACCACAACCAGCUCAUCCACUCGAUUACUUUAGCGGGCGUGACACUGCUAGUUCCCUGAUGCCCGAUGAUAUGGGAUGGAUGGCUUUGCCACAGAAUUCUGUUUUACACGAUCCAAUGGGGAAGCCAUACUUGAGGUCGUGGAAUCGAUGAAUACCCUUCCCCCCUCAUUUUUGGUAGGUGAAGUACAAGGUUAUGAUCACGAGAAGAAAUGCCUUCAUAGGAAAUCGUGACUUGUUAUCUAUUAUAGGGAAUUUUGAACUUAUUGCAAGGUUUGCAGAAGUGUAGAAGCUUGUGACAAAUUCUGAGAUAGGUUUUUGUACAUACUUUAUACGAGAGCCAAUUAAAGCACCAUGUAAAUAUCCAGAUGUUAGAUAGGCAGGUGAGAGCAAGGGCAAGGAAGGAUCGAAAAAGAUUCUGAUAUCUUCUAUCUGGUAGGUAAGUUACACUGCAUUUUUUGUUUCCAGUCGCAUUUUUUUUCUUUGUUGACCGAGAAACAUCUUUCAAUAAAUUUGAAGGCUGGAGGCUCUCACAUCUUUGUUUUUGAUU